GGAUUGCUUAUUUAUGUUAAACUACGUUUUUGAAAUUUAUUUUUAACAGAUCGGGAUCGAGAUUACAAUAACCUAGAAGUUGCUGGUGACUUGCAAGAAAACAUGUCGAUUCUGGAAUAUAACGGAGCAGCUAUCAUUGCCAUGAAGGGCAGAGACUGCGUAGCCAUAGCGUCAGACCGAAGAUUUGGAAUACAGGCUCAGACUGUCAGUACUAACUUCCAGAAGAUAUUUGAGAUGGGACCUCGACUUUACAUUGGUUUACCUGGUCUGGCCACAGAUGUUCAAACUGUGCAUCAGCGACUAGAAUUCAGAUUAAAUUUAUAUGAAUUACGAGAAAAUAGAAGAAUUAAACCUAAGACAUUUCUCAGCAUGGUGUCAAAUCUACUAUACGAAAGGAGAUUUGGCCCUUAUUUUGUUGAGCCUGUAAUUGCUGGACUUGACCCUAAGACCUUUGAACCUUUCAUUGCCUCCAUGGAUUUGAUUGGCUGCCCUAUGGUUACGGAUGAUUUUGUUGUCAGUGGAACUUGUUCAGAACAAAUGUAUGGCAUGUGCGAAUCUGUCUGGGAACCCAACAUGGAUCCACAGGAACUGUUUGAGUCUAUAUCCCAGGCUCUACUGAAUGCUGUGGACCGGGACGCAGUGUCAGGUUGGGGAGGUAUUGUUCAUAUCAUAGAGAAAGACAAGGUGACUACCACAGAACUGAAAGGAAGAAUGGAUUGAUGUGUCAGAUUUAUAGGAACAAAGUGCUACUAACUGUAUAAAUGUUAACUGUCAUUUUAUAUUUUGUGCCUCCUCAUUCUCACUUAUAAAUAUCAACAAAUUGUAAUAAAUGUAUAAAAUGAUAA